AUGCCACCAAAUUCUGUGGCACGUGUUGGGCAGCUCAAGACGUUCACUUUGCCGGAGAAGGCUACUGGAUCUGCCAGAGACAUUGAAAUGGGGAAGGCGAUGAUCAAUGCGUGGCGUGAAGAUGGUAUACUUCAGGUUUCGAUGAAUCCUAAGCAGCAGGAUCUCUUUGAUAAAGCGUCUGCUGCUAGUAAACGGUUCCCCCAAAAUACCAAGACCAAUGGAAGAGGAAAAGAGGGCCGCGGCAUUGGGUCUCACACAGACUACGGUCUCUUGGUCAUUGCAGGCCAGGAUGAGGUUGGAGGCCUAUUUAUUCGCCCCCCGGCAGCCGAUGAGAAGCUGGAGAAUUGGAAGAAAAGCGCCGCAGGCUUCCGCGAAGAUGAUGAACGAUGGGUCUAUGUACCUCCUGUACCUGGAGUCUUCACAGUAUUCCCAGGGGAUAUAAUGCAGUUUAUGACCAACUCCUACCUACCAUCCACCCCCCACAAGGUUGGCCUCAAUACCCGCGAGCGAUUCGCCUUCGCCUACUUCCAUGAGCCUAGCUUUCAAGCUGUGAUUUCUCCAGUUGCGAAACUUUAUGAUGGCCAGCCUCCAGAUGAAACAAUACACUACGGAACCCACUUCACAAACAUGUUCAUGAGGAACCAUCCUGACCGGGUUACGACACAGAGGAUUCUAAGCGAGGAUCGACUGAAGUUAUUAGAUCUGCCGGAGCUGAGAACCCAAUAG